UUUCUAUAGGGAAAGGUCCCUCUGUUUCUCUCAAAAUAGAAGCCAACAGUCGCAAACGCAAACAAAAACAAGCCCCAAAAAGCUCACUCACCCUUCACUUCUCAGAACAUAUAUACCAGGAUACCAACCACUCCCAUCUUCGAUUUCAUCGAGUUUGUACCUAUUUUCAGCUUCCUUAAAGCUUUAACUUUUCUGGGUAAUCCUUCAUUUCUUCUCAUCAGUUUAGUGUACAGAGCAAAGACAGAGAGAGAAAGAGUAGUGACGGAGCAGGUGAAGACAUUAGAGGGACCUACUGCUUAAUUUUUGGCGGGCAGCAACGGUCACUUUCAAUGAUUUUUCUUUGGGUGGUGGUGGUGGUUCUCUCAAUGACCCAUCCAAUCACCCACACUCACACAUACACACACUGCCUUAUUGCUACCUAGCUAGCUACAGAAAGGGGAUCUUAUUCUUGAUCAGAAAAAUAAAAUAAAAAGAAAAAAAAAACCAACCCUUCCUCCUCCUCCAGGUGUUUUCCUUCGCCUUUAUUUUGUUUUGAUCAAACAAAAAGGACAGGGCUUUAGUUGGAGAGUGAGGUCUUUGUGGCAUCUGCGAGUUGUCUUCUUAGGUGCUUGGGCUGAAGGGGAAAAUUGCAGAUCUCAUUCAUAUGAAGAGAUCUUUCAGUCUGUUGGAUGUGCUCCUGCUACUUGCAUUUGUCAGUCAUACUACAUGGGCUGUCAAUGGCAGCUUGCAUUGCAAACAGACCAACUCAGGCGAGACUCGGCCGCACAGUGUCACUAUUACUGAAUUUGGCGCAGUUGGAGAUGGUGUCACUCUCAAUACGAAAGCGUUUCAGAAUGCCAUCUUCUAUCUCAAUUCAUUUGCUGACAAAGGUGGGGCCAAGCUUUUUGUCCCAGCUGGCCGGUGGUUGACAGGAAGCUUCGAUCUCAUCAGUCACCUAACUUUGUGGUUAGAUAAGGAUGCAGUAAUUCUUGGAUCAAAGAAUUCUGAUGACUGGCCGGUUGUUGAUCCUCUGCCUUCAUAUGGCCGAGGUAGGGAGUUACCUGGAGGAAGGCAUCGAAGCCUCAUAUAUGGACGCAAUUUGACUGAUGUCAUAAUAACAGGUGAUAAUGGAACUAUUGAUGGCCAAGGCAGUGUUUGGUGGAACUGGUUCAGAAGUAAAACUCUGAAUUAUACUCGGCCCCAUCUGGUUGAGUUGAUGAACUCAACUGGGGUUGUAAUAACAAACUUGACUUUCUUGAAUUCACCAUUUUGGACCAUCCACCCAGUAUACUGCAGCCAUGUUACAGUCCAGAAUGUCACAAUUCUUGCUCCUCUGGAUUCACCAAACACGGAUGGGAUUGAUCCAGAUUCUUCUGAUGAUGUUUGCAUUGAAGACUGUUAUAUAAGCACCGGUGAUGACCUAAUUGCCAUCAAAAGUGGGUGGGAUGAGUAUGGCAUUUCAUUUGCUCGUCCCAGCACAAAUAUUACCAUCCGCGGGCUUGCUGGACACAAUCGAAAUGGCUCUGGGAUUGCAAUUGGAAGUGAAAUGUCUGGAGGAGUUUCUGAAGUUUAUGCAGAAAACAUAUAUUUUUUCAAUACCAGCACAGCUAUCAUAAUAAAGACAGCUCGCGGAAGGGGUGGCUAUGUGAGAAAUAUCUAUAUAUCAAACGUUACUUUGGCUGGUGUAGACACAGCUAUAAAGUUCAAUAGUAAUUUUUCUCAGCAUCCAGAUGAGUUUUAUGAUCCAAAUGCUCUCCCUGUGAUAGAAAGGAUUACGAUUAAAGAUGUUAUAGGGGAUAACAUAAAAGUUGCAGGCCUCCUCAAGGGCAUAGAAGGGGACAGUUUUCGUAAUGUUUGCUUAUUGAAUGUUACUCUCAAUGUAACCUCAGAGUCUUCUUGGAACUGCUCUAAUAUUCGAGGAUACUCUGCCUUGGUUUCCCCAGAAACUUGUGAACCUCUGAAGGAAAGUAUCUUCCCGAAGCAUUAUUCAGACUGUUACCAUCUAUCAAAUCAUUUGUGGAGUUCAGCCCAUCACCUCGCCAAGGAAAUGAUGCUCGACAUAAGAAGUUGAUUGGAGUAGCUGAUAAGAGGUUGUUGACUUGUGAGAUGGUGUUGAGAGAUUGUUUCUUGUAACUUUGUGUGCAGUAACAAAUAAUUGAGUGAUUUGUAAGAAAAAUGCAUAGAUGAGUAUGUCUCUGAAAGGGUUUUUUUUUUUUUUUUUGCUUGUCGCAGUCUGAAAUCCCAACAUAUUAAAUUUUGGUAUGUUACGAAGGUCAAGUUAUUCAAAAGCUCAAUGAAAACAGAAUCA